AUGAAGAUAUUAACGUCAAUCUCUGUAACGACUUUCUUAUUGCAGGUUAUGAACGACAAGCCACACAAUGGGGUCAUUGGAGAGGUGAUGAGGUCCAGAUAUGCUGGAAAUAGUGGUCCACCAAGGCCUAAUGAAAUUAUUCAAGUAAUAUUGGGUGAUCACAAUGUUAACAUCUCCUAUUGGAAAGCUUGGCGUUCGAGAGAGGUUGCACUCGAUUAUGCUAAAGGCUCUUCAGGUGAAUCAUAUAAGCUGCUUCCGGAUUACCUCCAAAGACUCGUUGUUGCAAACCCAGGAACAAUUACUCAUAUGGAGACACAAUUCGAAGCAGGAUUUGGGCAUAGGUUCAAGUACAUGGUUUUAGCUCUUGCUGCUUCGGUUAAUGGAUUCAAACGCAUGCGUAGUGUCAUUAUAAUCGAUGGCACACAUUUGCGAGAAAGACGUAAUGUUACCGACAAUGGGAGUGGCCGUUUCACCCCACGUGUGCUAGAGAUAGUAGCUGGAAAUUUUGAGCAAAGCGGAGGGAUGCUUGCAACUAAGAUAAAUAGUUUGGAAUACGAAGUGCAGGACAAAGAAGGAGCAUCGUUCCACGUCAAUCUUUCAACUAACAGUUGCACUUGUAAUGUCUUCCAAACACUACUUAUACCAUGUCCACACGCUAUUUCAGCUGCAAUCAAAGCAAAAGUGAGGGUGGAAACACUUGUUUCUGAAGUUUACAGUUUAGAGUGUCUUGCGUCAGCUUACAAAGAUGAUAUAUUUCCCAUCAGCAAGAUCAAUACCGAACAGAAUCAGCAAAGCGGAGCAGGUGAUUUGGAUAUCCUCCCGCCAGCAACCAAACGACCACCAGGCCGUCCCCGUAAGAGCAAGAUACUAUCAACCGGCGAAAUAAGGAUGAAAGCUCCAAGAAAGAAACAUGUUUGUAGCCGGUGCAAAGGAAGUGGACACAAUCGGGCUACAUGUAAAGCUGCGAUAUAA